AUGCGUUCGGUGGCACUGACAGUAUGGUUUUUUUUAAACGUCGUACUAUUGGGCAUGUGCGGAUACAUUUAUCUACUUUGGCUACAAUAUUGGCGUCACAUAAGCGUCAAAAACCAACAAACUCAAGAAUUGACUUACACACAACAGCAGCCCUACGUCGAGUAUUAUGACGAAGGCGAUUUCACAACGGCUCAUCAGAAAAACGGAAAUCCGUUAAUGCGGAUGAGUGAAGCGCUUCUAGACAAGUCGGAAAGAAUCAGGUUAUUUAAUUUCAAAAAUAAAAUCAUUGCCCGUCUAAGGCAGGUAAUAAUGAAGGAGAGUAGCAAUUAUGGGUCCGUUAAAAACGAGAACCCUUACAAUGUUCCGUAUAGACCGCAAGCACCGAAUAACGUGAAAAGCGACUGGCCGUGUGAUAUGGCUUCCAGCGUGGAGAAAUUUAGAACAUUAGAAAAAAAUGACAUUGAUCAUAUGUUGACCAAAAAUAUUCCGGAUGUGCCACUAUUUGACGAUAAUGAAGUAUUCGGCACUUGUGCAAUCAUAUCCAAUGCGGCUACUCUUCGCAAUUCAAAUCUCGGAUACUUUAUAGACCAACAUGACUUGGUGUUACGGUUCAAUAAUGCUCCAACAAAAGGAUAUGAAAAAGAUGUGGGCUCAAAGACAACAAUACGUAUUUUAAACUCACAAGUUGUCACUAAACCACAAUUCCAAUUUGUAUCAUCACCAUUAUACAAGCGGCUCAAACUUUUGAUGUGGGAUCCAUCAAAUUACACAUCGUCAAUUAACGAAUGGAUUACGAGCCCCGAACAUAACUUUAUUGACAACUACAUAUCAUUUAGAAAAUCUAAUCCUAGGUCAAACUUUCAUAUUGUUCAUCCACAAUAUCUGUGGCGUCUAUGGGAUUACAUACAAGAUCAUACUACAGCUCAUAUAAGACGCAAUCCUCCAUCUUCGGGAUUUUUAGGAUUAGCAAUGCUGUUGCCGCGAUGCACGGUCGUUAACAUGUUCGAGUUCAUACCGUCUGAAAGAAUGACACACCGAUGUCAUUACUAUCACGAAAAAGUCGACGUGACGUGUACGUUUGGGAUUUGGCAUCCGCUGGCGGCGGAAAAACUUCUGAUGCUAACGGCGAACACCAUGCCUGAUCAAACAGUUUUCCACACAGGGUUCCUCUCAAUCCCCGGUUAUAAGUCUCCGAUAUGCACUUCGUUAUAG